AUGUACAGUCCGGCGCUGGAAAGCGCCCUGAUCGGGUGUUUCGGCGGUCUUUUCGCCACGCUCUGCGUCUACCCUCUCGACCUCGUCAAGAAUAAGCUCAGUGCGCACGUCGAAGGGGACGUAGGUGACCGGAAUGUAGGUGCACCACCGGUCACGUCUUCUUCAGUCGCUGCAGCGAUCUUCAAGGAAAAGGGCGUUUCGGGUUUUUACUCAGGGAUUACCGGACGCGCGUUGCACUGCUUCGUGGAGGAUUUUGUUUUUUUCUGGUGGUAUUCCUCCGUAAAGAACUACGCGUUCGAGCGAAUCGCGAAACGCGAAGGCCGCGCGCGUCAUCUCACCGUCACGGAGGGUCUCGUCACCGGCGCUGUCGCGGGAAUAAUAAAUAACGCGUGCACAAUCCCACUGGACGUCGUGGCAACCAACAACCAGAUAACAUCCAGCAGUGGUAUUAUAGUUUCUCCUGAACAUGCGUCGAAAGUCAAGGCAAAGACCGGGCUAACAGCGACUGUAAAGGCGAUAUACGCGAAGGGCGGGAUCAAGGCAUUCUGGGCCGGACUCGGCCCUUCGUGCCUCCUCGUCAUUAAUCCCGCUGUGCAUUUCAUGGCGCUCGAUCAGCUCAAGAGGUCAUCGCGAGUCAGGGUGACGGCGGCGGCGUUAUCACCACUCGAGGCAUUCUUUAUCGGAGCGGCGGCGAAGUCUUUAGCGACUUCAGUGACGUUCCCACUCAUUCGCGCUAAGGUUUUGUCAAUGUCGCGGGGACGUCACGAUCUCGGCGGUAAUCGUCGCGUGAUCAGAAACGAAGGAUUCGCGGGUUUAUACAAAGGGCUCGGCGUGCAACUGUCAAGGAGUGCUUUGGCGGCAGCCAUCAUGUUUACAACCCGGGAGCAGCUGGAGAAACUCACGGCGGGGACGUUGCGGAGGUUGAAAGAUGCGGCGGUGGGAGCGGCAAGACGGUGA